GGUCAUCCCCGAACACCAAAAGAACUCCUACUUCACUACAAAACUUAUCAAGCGCACAAUUAUUUAAAAUCCCAGUGUAAUUGCCAGUUAAAUAAUUGUUUCCUUAUCAAAAAGUACAAAUUUUAUCAACAAAAUCCUUUGCUCAAUAAAGUUCAAAGAUCACAAUAACCUGACAGCAACAGGCAACAGAGCAUCCAUUAUGCCUAUCAACAAUCGUGAAUUAAUGAAGGCAAUUUCCAUUGUCUCCGAUAAUGCAAAUGUUCGAGUUUGUGUUAAACAAUCUGGCAAAGGUGCAAUGGUUUGUGGAGCAAUUUGUUUAGCUGGUGGACUAUUGUUAGGACCUCCAGGGUUAGCAAUUGGUGGAACAGUUGGAGGACUAACAGCAUACAAAAUGUCAUCAGGCACCUUCCGGCCAAUUGGUGAAAUUCUUAUGAACGAUCUAACCGAACGACAACAAGAACAAUUGGUUCAACAUGUUCAAGCUGCUGUUGCUGAUGUUGGUGUCUCUGAUUUGGCACUUUUAAUACCUCUUUUGGCCAGAAAUGCUGAUAUCCAAACGGCAGUUCUGAGAACAGUCACCUCGUUCGUUACAAACGAACUUCGUUUGCAAAUUAUUGAUUGACCCUAAGAAUUGCCAAUGUUUGUUAUCUAUUUAAG